UAGUCGCUUCGUCGAUUCGACCGCUCGAUGCAGGUCGAAGAGUGAAGCCGCGCGUGCUGCCAGUCGUUCCUUCCAUAUGCAGCACACUACCCACGCUCUAAUAGCUGUGAAAAGUUUCUGAAACGUUAUCACUGUACGACGGUGGGCACGAUUUUCUUUUGAUUGCUCGCCUCGCUGGAUAUAACUUGAAAAUAAUAAUGGGUAAUUGGAUAGCUACCUACAUAACGCAUCCUGAUACGAUGCCCUUGGCUGACGGUGAACCGACUUUCGAUCCGAUGUUUGGAUUUCCGAACGGUCGAAAGCCUAGAGAAAUGCCACUUUCUGAAGAGGACAUGAAAGCUUAUAAAAUCCCUAAAAAUAAACGCGAUUAUUGUGCUCACAAGUACCUGGAAUUAGAUGAAUGUAAAAGACGUCAUUAUCCAUUCAUGUUGAAGUGUGCGCAUGAAAGACAUGAAUAUAACACUUGCUACGUUGAAGAUUACACUAUGAGAAUGAAGGAAUAUGAAAGGGAACGUCGUCUUCUCGAGAGACAAAAGAGGAUAGAGCAGAGGAUGCAAGCGGCUACAGCGUGAAGGUCCAUAGAGUUUUGAUAAAUUAUGUUUAUCGUCGUUGGUAACUUAGGCUACACAUACAUAAAAGUGGAAUUGUGUUCUGCUACUGUAUAUAAGCUCCUAUUGUACAUAAACUAUAUCAAUAAAAUGUAUUUAACAAUAAA